AUGGCUUUCGUCACCGAACUUCCAUACAGAGUGGCUCUCUCUGACGGAGACGUCCACAAAGAGAAACAAACCUGGGAGACGAACUACACACCCAUUUACGUUAUGACCACUAUAUUCGCUAUCAUAUUUUUCAUUGGGCCAUUUGCAAUCAAGAAAGGAGAAAACAAGUGGAUUAUAAAAACUUGCAUGAUGCUGGCUUCUUUUUUCUUGUGGCUGUUUUGGGUAACGGUGUACAUAGCAGGAAUGAACCCGCUAGUCGGACCUCAGCUACGGAACACCACUCUAGCUUGGAUGGCUCACACUUGGGGUGAAUCCGCCCUUGUCACUAAAACUAGCGGCGAUACUAGCAGUAGUGGUGAUACUGGCUCAGACGGCUAG